UUUUUUUAACCAGCGAAAGUGACGUAUGAGUUAUUUAGACCCAUUGGGCUUCCCGUAGUUCAGCAAUAAACGCGGAAGUUGUUUCGACUGGCUCCACCGAGAUGUGUUUUUCUUGUUUGCGGUCUAUAAAUUGUGCGGGAAGGAGCGCGUCUGUUGUUUUGACAGCCGCUAUCGAAUGUCACGUGAACUUAUAUGCGGUAGUUUCGCGCUAGCUCUCGGGUUACUAGUCACGUAGUACGGUGUCGCAUCAUAAAGUAAAAAAAAAAAAGAAAAAACAUGAAAGUCCGUUCGUCUGCAUUUGCGUCAUUCAUCUUAAUGUUUGAGGUUUUGGGGGUCGCCCUCUUCCUGAGGGGCUUUUUCCCUGCACCCGUCAAGUCUUUGUCGUCCAAGAGCAGCCUCGAAGACCUGCCCGCGGAGCCGCUGUCAGGGGGCUCGCCCAACGCGUCUUACCUCCCGCGGCCCUUGUUCGGAAGGCUGGUCAUCGUCUUAAUCGAUGCCAUGCGGGAGGACUAUGUGUUCGGGGCCGACGGUCGCGUGCACAUGCCCUACACGAGACACCUGGUGGAAAGAGGCUCAACGCUUAGCUUCGUGGCUAAAGCUAGAAGCCCAACUGUCACCAUGCCCAGGAUCAAGGCUCUUACCACCGGCAGCAUCCCGGGCUUCAUUGAUGUGCUGAUGAAUCUUAAUUCCGCAGCCCUAUUGGAAGACAAUCUUAUCUGGCAGGCCAAAACAGCGGGGAAAAAAAUGAUCUUUUAUGGCGAUGAAACGUGGGUGAGACUCUUCCCCAAGCACUUCAUGGAGUACGAUGGCACGCUUUCUUUUGUGUCUGACUACACUGAGGCUGACAAUAAUGUGACCCGCCACUUGGAUAGCACGCUCAAGAGAGAUGACUGGGACAUUCUGAUCCUCCACUACCUUGGCCUUGACCAUAUUGGUCAUAUCAGUGGACCCCACAGUUCUCUGAUUCCGCCCAAACUGUUGGAGAUGGAUGAUAUUCUGAAGAAAAUCCACGGUUUCCUCAUUUCAAAGGAGGCAGAAGGAUCUUUUCCCUAUCUGCUGGUUCUGUGUGCGGAUCAUGGGAUGUCAGAGACAGGUAGCCACGGAGGUUCCUCAGAACCAGAAGUCAAUACACCCCUGGUGCUCAUAAGCCCUGCCUUCAAGAGGAAAGUGGGGAUGGAGAAGCCUGACGAAGUUGAGCAGGUUGACCUGACUCCAACACUGGCCCUGUCUCUGGGCCUGCCCAUAUCUCAAAACAGUGUGGGCCGUGUCAUUCAGAGUGUAUUUGAAGAAACCUCACUUCGAGACCAGCUGCGCUUUCUGCAUCUCAAUGGCCACCAGCUAAAAUCCCUGCUCAAAGACAGCAUUCCGGACUAUGAGAGAGAGGCAGGAUUUGAGCAAUACCGUGUGGCAGAGAAGGCACAUGGAAGCUGGAUGAAGCGCUACCUGGAGGGAAACAUGUCAGAGGUCUUGACCAACAUGGGCAAGAAGGUCCUGAAACAGUACUUUGAGGCCCUGUCCACCAUGAGCUCAGCCCUCAGCAAACAGCUGGGCAAGUACGACGUUUACUCCAUGAUUGCUGGAAUGGUCUUUGUAUUUCAGCUGCUGUUGGUCUUAUUGUUGGCCAUGCCUGAAGCCCUGAGCGGGUCAGCAUCCGUGGACCUCCCAGUCAUCUCGGCCCUGCUCUCGUUGCCUUUUUACCUCUUGUGCCUGCUGCUUGCGUCUGUGCAUGUGCUAGUGUGCACAUCUACUGAGAGCUCCUGCUACUUCUGCAGCCUUUCCUGGGGUCUUGUGUUUGCUGCUAUCGCCUUCUCUUCAGCCAUGUCUUGUUUGAUGCUCUAUAUGAUGGCAAGACGACUUCCCUUGGGACUGAAGUUAUAUGGGAAGUCACCAUUGAAAAGCAGUAGCAGCGAAUGGUCACUGUCAGAGUUGGAUCUUUUGCUGCUGGUGGGCACAGCUGGUCACACCCUCAGUUUGGCAUCCAGCAGCUUCAUCGAGGAGGAGCAUCAAACCUGGUACUUCCUGCUCAACACCCUCUGCCUCGUAGUCUUCCAGGAUGUGUGUUGCAAGUACUUCAGAGAGAAGAGCGGCCCCGGAGGUGAAGAAGAGCAUGUCCUUCCUUAUAAAGACUACCAUAAGGAAGAGAUGUACCCUGAGAAGUGGUUAGCUUUAGCCACACCCCCCUUUGUUCUGCUCUGCUGUCGACUGCUGCGCUACCUCAACCAGACAGGCAUGCAGUGGGCUCAUCUCCCUGAUCUGGGCCAUUGGCUUAACAGCUCUGAGCACAAAGUGGUCCUGUCUCUGCUGUCCGCUUUCUCGUUGGUUCUCAUCUACUUCCUGAUUCAAAGACGGUGCUCGUUGGUGUCCAAGAUUGCCCUCGCACUCGGACUUCUGGGGGUUUACAGCUACCGGGCAGCUGUCGGCAAUGUCUUGUUUCCCUGGCAACACUCCGGUCGGAAUAUGUCCAAGGGCACCGUUGAAGCACGCUUCGUAUACGUGUUUGUUUUGGGUAUCCUCUUCACGGGUACAAAGGACCUGUUGCGAUCCCAAAUCAUCACACCUGAUGCCAAGUUGAAGAACAGGGGGCUGUGGGAGAUCUACAGUGGCCUGGUCUUGCUGGUUUCGCUGUUGUUUCGUGCCCACAACCUGCCAGUGUUGUGCUGUUGUCUGCUCAUCCAAACACUUAUGGCUCAAUUCAUUUGGAAGAAGCUUCAUUAUGAUGCAGCCCAGACCACCAUCAUGCACUACUGGUUUGGUCAGGCCUUCUUUUACUUUCAGGGUAAUUCCAACAACAUUUCGACGGUCGACAUCUCAGUCUGGUUUGUUGGUUUUGACUACUUCGUCGAAGCUCCCGCCAUGUUCUUAACAGCCGUCAGUACAUAUGCCGGGCCGCUGCUUUGGGCUUGCCACCUUGUCUGUUACCUCAGCUCGGAGAGAAACGGGAGUCCUGUUGCAGUCGGCCACGGGUGUUACUGUUUGGCUGUGCUCAGGUCGGUGCCGGCCGCGGCCUACAUUGUUCUGGUGACUGUCCUGCGCUACCAUCUCUUCAUAUGGAGCGUCUUCUCUCCCAAAUUACUCUACGAGGCCAUGCACCUGCUGCUCACGGCCGGCGUCUGCCUCAUCUUCAACACUGUGGAGCAAAGCCACACCUCUGCCUCGUCUUAGGGCAUGUUCACGGCGAGUAAGAGAGUCGGCGCUGACUUCCUGAGCCAAAUUAAAAUUGGCUCAUUAUCUGAAAAUGGCUUUUUGACGAUUUUAAGAUCUCAGGGACUCCCAAGAAGAAGGCUGCUCAACUGUACCGGACAGUAAUUGAUUUUUGGCUCCUUCAAAACCCGAAGGAAACUCAACGGAAGUUGGCCGAGAGCUCACCGUGUUACUUUAAAUCCAGCUUUAUAAUUGAGAGGAAGUAGAGGAAAGUACAGUACUUAUAUUAUUUUAAAGUUGUUGUACAGCAUAGUGGUUCCUUUUUUUUUUUUUUUUUUUUUCCACCCACUAUCAUCAUCAUCAUCGUCGUCAUGAUGAUUAACGAUCAUCGAACAUUCCAUUUGCGAUCCUAUUGCACCGUUUUUGAGGAAGUGCACCAUUUGAAAGGAUUCUGGCACGGAGCAAAAUCUAAAAUGUUCAAAUCAACUGUUCAUUUAUCAUGUUUGAUUUGCCUGUCUGGAGAAAGGCUAUGAAUCAUGUUGGACAGUGGAAAAUAUUAUGAAGAUGGCGGUGGCGGCGGUGUUUUUUGAAAUCCCUUAAUACAACAUGUUUCAGUUGUUUGUUGUAUGCAUAUCGUUUCUUCAGAGGGCUUGACUAUAAAAACAUGCACGGACCAGUCACAACAUAUUCACUACUUGCGCAACGUGUGGCGUAGAAUAGCACUGCAUCAUAUUAAGAGCUUUAUGUUUUGAUUUUGUCAUGUAGCUAAAUGAGGUGACCAAACUAUUACAAACGGCUUUUAGUGUGGUGCCGUACAAUUCUACGUAUCGUCAGCCGAAUAGCACAAUUGCCCAAGUCAUUUUUAACUUCCUUUCACGAUGUCAAUGAAUAAUACUGUGUUGUUGUUCACUAAUAAUUUUUUUUUUUUUCCUUUUGUCCGUUUAGACAAAGUUUAGUCUUCAGUCAUCCAGGGCAAUCUGCAACCAGACUCUUCGCGCUUGUUGAAUUUGUAUUUAGUUAUUUAUUUUGGUUUCCCGAAAGUGUUCUAAAAUGACUGAGGCAAUUAUGCUAUUAGGCUAACGAUGUAGCAAUUGUCAAGAAUGUGACUUGGGCACCAUUUUGGCGAGAGCAUCACCAGGGGCUCCCGUCAUUCAGCCUGUCAACGCUGACCGUAAAAGGUACGACGCAAUCGUUUCGUUUGCUGUGAUGGGGAAGAGCAGGUCUUAUAAGUUGUCAAACGUUUUUUCAUAUUUGCAAACUAGUGAUGGGCACGACAGUUCUUUGCCCUGAAUCGGUUUGAUCGAAAGAUUCACUCGCCGAAUCGUUCAGCUCCUUUUUCACAGAAUCAUUUCAGUGCGUCCUCAUUCAGUUGAAUCAUCCCUGCGGUUCACGUUGGUCCCACCAUGGUGGGCAGCGUCGUCGACACCGGCGCCCGGGCUCCCCGCUCACCCACCUUCCGGUUUUUGUCAUCAGAUUAGUGUAGAGCGUCUUUGAGUGUCUUGAGAAGCGCUGUGUGUAUUAAUGUAUUAUUAUUAUGAUUAUUAAACAAAAAGCUUUUAAUAAUCGCAUUAGACGCACAACCUGAAUGAAUUAGCUCUGUAUACAAUUUUAGGUGCAUACGCACGAUCGAAUUCAUUGAAAAAGAUGUAUUCAUUUCAAAUGUUUUUUUCAUUUUUAUUAUUGGUUGUAGUUUUCUGCAGUGUAGAACUACACACUGUUCCAUAUGCAAGUAAUACUUUUUUUUUUGUUUUUUUUUGUUUUUUUACUGAAACGAGUAUACAAAUAAUCCUAAUGUUGUGGUUUGUCGGUGGAUUUUGUCGUAAUUAUGCAACCUCCUGUGUUGGCGUGUACAGUGGGUACGGAAAGUUAUCAGACCCCCUUAAA